AUGGAGGAUGAGGGUAUCGGGCCAAAAUUUGAUGAUAUCCUGAAACUAGUAAAAGAUAGUGUCAAUCAAUCUAUGAGCAAGUUUGCCAGUAUAUUGAAUCUCACCCCUAGAAUAGAGCAGUCUCAGAGCGAAAUGCAAUCAUUGAUGACGAGUAGGCCCCAGAGAGGUGGAUAUCGAGAAGGCUCCAUGAUGUCCAGUAAUGCAUAUAGACCUAAUGAGUGUAACAGGUUUCGUAGUACAUCCUCAACAGAUAUGUUACAAGAUGCAAGACAAACACGGUUGUGUUUUACACGUUUGCAAGAGGUGCAUACAGAAGUAAACUGUGAACCAGUGAGCGAGUUCAGUGAUAAGCUAAAUGUGAAAUCCAGGUCAGACUCCGAAUUGUGUGAUGAUAACGGUGCGGUCAAGAGGUCUGUAGUUGCAACUGGUAAGCCAUUGUUGAAUAGAGUGUCACAGAAUAGAGUUACUGCUUCAGAAUGCAGUUCUGACUCCAAAAGUUUACAAAGUAUAACUAGUCAGAGUGAAGAUAUAAAACCUUUAAUAAUUUGUGAGGAGGAACCAAAACUGUCUACUUCUGUUAUUAAAGAGUUUGAAAAUGAUGAACUUGGCGGUAAAUUGAAUAUUUGUGGUAAUGAUCAUGAUACUUCACAGUUGUCUUUGGUUGAUCAUGAUGAAAUGAGGGGAAUGCCUACUACUGCUAAGUUAAAUAAAGAUUCUGUACAACUACAACGUGAAGUAGAAUUGAACGAAGAUGCAGUUCCAGAAGGUGUGCAUACUUGUGAGACAGUCGGUGUAAUUGAUCAGCGUGUAGCCCACCUAUCAUCAGAUGCUAGUGUUAAACCUGAGCUGAUAGUAAAAGACACCAGGGGUGGUGGUCUUGCAGGUAGACAAAUUUCUGAAAGUCGAGCAACAACAGCUUCUGAUCCACCGCUGACUUCAUCAACUGAUAUCAAUCGGUCAUCGUUGGUGUUGUCAUCCACAAUGAAACAGUCGCCCAUCAACUCAAGUAUCUUGUGCAAUGACUAUGCUAGUAUCAGUUCGUUUGAAAAGACGAAUAUCAAUGGUCAGUUUAGAGAGGAUAAGCCAAGUGUAAACGAAAGAGUAAUUGUUAAAUUGACUUGCACGAAUAAAGGCAUUUCUAGUUUCAAGUUACUAUUUGAAUGUUAUUAUCUUUGGUGUAAAUUACUCUGUUUCUAUACUUGGUUGAUGAGAUAUGUCGUGUGUUUGUUCGUCAUCUAUAUUCUACGAUACAAUGACAUGAGCCUGUUACCGUUCAGAUUUGAGGAUAUAGCUGAUAGAAGGAAGUCAGCAAAUGAUCUCUGCAACGAUUUUCCAACCUAG